CCUGUCUCAAGUCGCGCGAUUUCAGGUCAUUUUCUAGAGAGAGAGAAAAAAAAAGCAUUUUCAAGGAAAGCGUCGCUCUGUGGCUCUGUACGGCGCGGAGUUAGGUCAAGACGCGGUUGCGACGCGGUUGCGACGCGGGGGGCGAGGCGAACCAAGCGGUGAUCGAGGCGAGGGCCGGCGAGGCGUGGCGUGGCGGUCGGAGAUGUCGCAGAAGAGACUGCCGGAAGAGAGCGAUGGCCCGCGGCGCGGCAGAGGUGGCGGCGCCGAGCCCGGUGGGAGCUCCUCCUCCCUGCCCCACAGCCCCAGCGAACCGAAGCGGCAGAGGGUCCCCGCCCUCCGCGAUGUGAUCACGGAGGUGAUGCGGAAUGCCAGCAUGGAGAAGUUCUUCAUCGCGCUCGAGCCCCUCAUCCGGAGAGUGGUGAAAGAAGAAAUUGAGUCGGCAUUUGCAAAUCAUGCCAUUAUGAUAAGAAGUGUCACAGACACUGUUCCGUGUACAUCAAAAAAAUUGCAGCUGCAAUUCAUGACUAAACUUUCUCUUCCAAUAUUUACUGGUUCCAAGAUUGAAGGAGAGGGCUCCUUAAAUAUAACUAUUGCUCUAGUUGAUGCUUUGACCAGACAAGUUGUAGCAUCAGGAAAGGAGUCCCUGAUGAAGGUUGAGAUUGUAGUUCUAGAGGGGGAUUUUGAAGCUGGAGAAGACGAUAACUGGACAGCUCAGGAAUUUAACAAUAACAUUGUUAGAGAAAGAGAAGGUAAACGGCCCUUAAUUUCUGGAGAUGUGUUUGUUGCCCUUAUCGGAGGCAUUGGAACAGCAGAGGAACUUUCAUUCACAGAUAACUCCAGCUGGACACGGAGCCGAAAGUUCAGGCUAGGUGUAAGAACUGAGGAUGGUUGUUUCAACGGCGUAAGAGUACGGGAAGCAAAAACCGAAUCAUUUGUGGUAAAGGAUCAUCGAGGAGAGUUGUACAAGAAGCACCACCCACCAUUUCUCGAAGAUGAGGUCUGGCGCCUGGAGAAAAUUGGCAAGGAAGGUGCUUUUCACAAACGUUUGAAUAGGGAGAAAAUUGUUACUGUCAAGGAUUUUCUUACCUUACUACAUCUUGAUGCUCCUAGACUUCGAAAGAUAUUAGGUGGUGGCAUGUCAACAAAGAUGUGGGAGGUCUCUAUCGAGCAUGCAAAAACCUGUGUUCUCACUGACAAAAUGCAUUACUACUAUCCAGACAAUCAAAACAAAACUGGUGUUGUGUUCAAUGUUGUUGGAGAAGUGAGAGGUUUAAUAUCUGACAAGUUUGUCUCUGUUGAUGGUCUUACCGAAAAGGAGAAGGCUGAAGCCCAUGCAGCUGUGAAGCAAGCAUAUGAACACUGGAAGAACGUCUUGACAUGUGACAACGAAACACUUCUGGAAAAUCCUUCGCAGCUCUUCAAUAUGAGAUCUCCAUCUUUGCGAGAAAAUCAAUGUAACCAGUUUCCCACACAAGUUGGUACCGAUGACUUUGGUUUGAGCCAUUCAACCAUACCAUCAGCUGACAUUUUCUCCAUGGAACCCUCAAGUGCGUUAGACCCUUGUCAUUUGGAGACUGAGUUCAAUGAAAAUCGAUUUCAGUCAGAAUUGUCCCCACUUGGUGGACAUGAAGCGCCUCAAGAAUCUCAGACGCUAGAGAAGUUCUCGAACUCUUUGGUUUAUAAUGACUGUACUGGUCAUCCCUCAUUCAGUGAGAGCUAUUACAGCUGCUUAGAUCCCAGCAUAUCCUUUGACACACAAGAUCUUGGAGCUGCACUGAAAGGCUUCAUUGCAACCAUAUCGAAGCCCAAGGCAUAUAGAGGAUGGAGGACAUUGUCUUAUGUGUUAGGAUGGAUAUUCUAUACCAAGAAAAUCGUUGCACUUAAGAGAAAGAAAAAUGGGAAAUAAAGGUUUUAAUAUGAGUACUUUUCUCUAUCUUUAGUUAAACUGUGAAAUAUGAGUGGAGAGGAGAUAAUGUGCAUAGAGUCAUUUGUUAUCUUUUCGUUUUUAGGGAUUGGGGGCACAAUUGGCAGGCUCUGCUGGUUCUGGUAGCUGUAUAUGAGCUUUUUAUCAGCAAGUUUUCUGAUGAAUGCCUGUAAAUAAUCAGAUGAAGUUUUGUACAGGGUGAGUGAUAUGCAUAUAAUGCGCAAGUAUUGGUGAUA